AUGAAUUAUUUUUUCUCGAGAGCUAUUUUAUUGUUGGUGAUAGGUUUUGGAGCAGCCCCGAUUAAUGCUCUUGACUAUAUUUUCAAGCAGCGCAAUUUUUUGACGAAUAAGGAAAAUUGGCUGCAGGGCUUGAUACCGUCGAAACACGAUAUUGUGGAAUUUGACAGCACUGCCGGUUAUGCGGUUGUUUAUAUUGAUCAGGUUUUGGAGGUUGGUUUGUUUGGGCCACGUGUUUUUUUCUGGAAUAGUCAGAUGAUGAUUGAAAAUUGAAGGUCAGGUGAUUCAGAGUCUGACAAAAAGUCACCAGAAUAUUAAAAAUACUUUUAUUUAAAAAAAAAAAACUUCUGACAUUUAAAAUACCAAAAAUCAUAGAAUUCUAAAAAACAAUUCACCAAAAAUGGAUUCAGUGAGAUAUUUAUCACCCAAAAAGUUAUGAUCUUCUAUAAAAAAUUAAAUUCCAACAAUAAAUAUUCACAAAAACACAUCUACACUACACCAAACUACAAAAAAAUCAUCUAACUAGGUCAAACUAAAAUAUAUCUUUACUCUUAUAAGAACUGUUUAUCUCUCUUUCUCUCUCUCUCUCCCCCUUUCUCUCUCUCUCUCCUACUGCCUUGCUUUUUUGUAUUCCACGGUUUAUUCUAAUUUUCUUAUUUUUUUAUCAUCUUUUCUUUUCUUUUUCUUCUUUUGCGCAUUUUUUUCCUGAGAAUGAGUUGGUAAAUGCCACGUGGCAUUUGAGAUAAACUUUGAAAAUUCAAAUUCGAGUAUUUUUGAAUCAAUCAAGUAGUUGUUUUUUAGCAUUUGAGAUAAAAUCCACGUGGCAUUUGAAAAUUCAUUUCGCAAAAAAAUAAACAAUUUUUGGACACGUUUUUUUUCAAAAAAAAUUAAGGUUCACGUGAUUUUUCAAAUAUUUUAAACAUUUCAAUCAUUUCUGGAUUUUUAUAUUUUUCGGAUUAGCUGACAAGGUUGAAAAUUGAAAAAUGAAGUGAGCACAGCGAAAAAAAAUUAUUUUUUCUGUUUCCGUGUGGUACGGUGCGCAAAACAGAAAGUGUUUGCACACACAAAGGAAAAAACAAAAAACAAAAGGGAAGAACACACAAAAACCGUGCGCACAUGCAAUAAUAUUGCAGAAAGACGCUGCCAGGGGUUGCACGUGGAAAACUCCGCCUAUUUUUUUUUUGAAUUUCCGCAACGAAUUUUUUGUGUACAAAAAAAUAAUUUUUUUUCGCUGUGGUGAGUUGUUCAAGUUCGGAAAAGUUGAAUUUUCUAAUUCCGAUUUGAGUUUUGCAAGGCUUGCUGACACGUUUUGAAAAAUCCCCAAAAACCUCAACAUCUUCCAGGCCUCCGAAAUCAGACUCCCCGACAAUGGCCUAAUCAUCUUCAACGAUCCAGUCGCUCUUGGAGACAGAGAAACUUGGCAAAGCGGCGAUGAUUUCUCCGAAACCGUGCGAUUUCAACCUCCACUUCCACCCUCAUUUUUCGAUCCAAUAAGUUGGCAGGAGAGUGAGAAGGUUUUUCUGCACAUGAACAAAGUUCCAUCGAAAAAAGUAAGUUUGACCUAUUAAACCUAGCUACAACAAAGAUUUCUAUUCAAUUUUUUUCAGGACAAAGUGAUAUUCCCGGAAGAAGGUGUUGCUCAAGUCGAACUCGAUGCGCGAGCCUAUGUGAAUCGAUUUGAGUAUUAUGGAAGGGUGAGUCUGGGUCAGAAGAUUUAG